AUGAUUAGUGCUGAGCUAGAACCUGUAUCCCCUACUGGGUUCAAGAUCAGGGAUGCGACGCUCAAUGACGUUGGUGACAUUUCACGACUGUGGUUUCUCUCCUUCAAUCAAUCUCAUAAAUUUUUUGAAUACGCAACUCCAGAGAAUCCAGAAGUUCGAGCAUGGCUUGAAGAGAUAUUUGUGAUCGGGAUCAAGGCUGGACCAUCUGUCUUCCGGACGUUUGUGGUAGAGGACGUCAACAUGAAUCACAAACUGGUGGCUUUCUGUAGGAUCCAUGUUCCUCAGCCAGAUGGUAGUCAGGAGAUUCCAAUGCCUGAGUUCCCGGAUGGGUAUGAUCCAAAGAUUGCCGAUGGCCUCUGGGGAGGAAUGGAAAGGAAUAGAGCGAGCAUCAUGGGCCGGCAAUUGCAUUGGAUGGGGGAGUUUCUGGGUGUUGAUCCGCUGUAUCAAGGGAAAAGCUUAGUCGCUCCCUUAAUGGAUUGGAUAUGCCGCCAAGGCGAUGAAACUGGGUUACCUAUCUACUUGGAUGCUACUGCUGACGCGUUGCCAAUACACAAAAAGCGGAAUGGGUUUACGGAGGUAAAGCCUUUGGUUCUUAAAGACCCCAAUACAUACGGGAGGUUUGAGGUGGUUGCUAUGGUGCGGCUACCUAAGAGACCAGGAUUCCGAAGCUCGCUUUGA